UACGUUGGUCGUAAUCAGUUACUACCCACUUAUGACUACUUGGUCAAUCGAAUUCGUAAAUUCGACACGAGCACGUUGAUUUUCUACGAACCGCUGGCUUUCGGAGUGUUCUUCCCGGACAGCAAACUGGACACAGGGACCGGAUUCGAUCGGGUCCCCGGUUUGCUGACAGAUCCGAAUGCUGCCCAGAAGAGUGUUCUAUCUUAUCAUGGUUUCUGUUGGAUUUUACAAUCAACAACGGACAGUGAGAGUAUGACUUGGUGGAGUAAGAUCGCCUGUGAUUACAUCCUGACACCACUGGUGUUCAAAAAUACUCAAAACUCAAUCCAGAGAACUGGAGGCGGCAGAUUCCUCACCAGUUUUAGUCAGUGUGAUCAAGACGGACAGUGGAACUCCUUGAACAGAACCGAAUGCGAUACCGUGUUGAACAAGGCGGACGAGCAAUUCCAGUCGUGGACCUAUUGGGGAGGGAACCUUUUGGACAGCUCAGGCAAUCCAAUCGCGAACCAGAUCAAGUUCUUGGUACGUCCGUACCCAAUGGCCACCAGAGGUUCACCAAUCAACCUCAGUUUCAAUCCCGAGACUGGCGAAUUUCGCUAUGAAUUCAGUUUGAACACAUCUGGCCUGUGGGCGAAUGAUUCAGUGGCUGUGAUAUUUUUGCCUCUGAAAGAGCACUACGCGGCUGGCGCCUUUGUUAGAAUCAGUCCGCAGUUGAUCAAAUUUGUGCUGGAACGGAAUCGGUUGAGAUUGUGGACUAGCCUCGGUGGCUUGAUCGGACAAGUCAAUGUUACCGUGACCAUUACACGUGGCUGUCCACCGACAAAUCAAAGCACCACUCUAUCUCCUUUAUCUUCCACUGCGUCUUCACCGUCUUCCACUCUGUCUCCUUCGUUUUCCACUCCAACUUCCACUUCUUCUCCCAACCCAUGCAAGUAG